UAAAGCGGUGUCAAAAUGGGUUAUUUCUCCAGUGUGGCUGCAGCCUUAGGCGCUAGGCCUCCUUCAGCGGUUGCCAUGGUUACAGCUCCACCCGCGGCGCCUGGCUAUGACGCCAUUGAAAGUGGCCGGGAAGCCUUGUUGUUUCCGGAGGCAGCGGGGCAGAAGAGCUCUAGCAAGUGGGUUUGGAGCGCCAGGAGCAAGCGAUUCCAGUGUAUGGCCUUGGAGCCUGUGGUGGCGCUGACAAUGGGUCCGGAGAGGAUCUGUCCAAAUGAGCAUGAAGAGCUGGGGCUGCAAGAGGCACCUGAUGGAACCCCUGAACCUACUGCGGAAUGGAGUAGUGAGGAACCUGAAGAAGAAGAAGAUGAAGGCAAUAAUAGCUAUUUGUACCAACCCCUGAACCAAGAUCCAGAUCAAGGACCAGCAGCAGUUGAAGAAAUGGUACCCAGCACAGAGCCAGCACUUGACAUCAACGAGCGACUUCAUGCAAUGAGAUUGCAUCUGCCUGAUCCACCUGUAGACAGUGAUGAAGAGGAGGGAUCUGCAGCUCAGAGCAGUCGCAGCUCUAUCCCUAUGGAUGCAGAACAUGUGGAGUUGGUGAAAAGGACUAUGGCUGGAAUCAAGCUUCCUACACUGGCAAUCCCUGCAUGGGCCAAUGAAAUCUCAGAUGAUCAGUGGCAGGAUAUGGUGCAGCGAACACUUCAAGCCAGACAGAGUCAGAGUAGCUCUAAACCAGAAUGGAAAUGAAGAUGGAAACUGCUAAGUGUGAAGUGCUGCACUUUAAAUUAUCUUUCUCUGAAGUGUCAGGUAGAUGUUUAUAGUUUACCAGCGUCAAAACUCUGUGUUCAUAUUGUCUUAUUUUAAUAUGGCUCCACCAUCCAUUUAUAAUACCCAGCUAAUGGGGGGGAGGGGGAUGGUGAUCAUCAGGAUGUUUUCAUAGUCUUGGAGGGGAUGGGGGAAAGCUUCUUGAAAGAAAUAAUCAGCCCAUGUGAAAUUACUUUUGGAUAUGUAUGGUUUUAUUACUAUUCUCUUUUCUUCCCACCCCAUUCUACUUUUCUAUGUGACAAGUGGGCUAAAGAUGGCCAUGAUCUGGAGUCCAAUGUGUCAUCUUUUUCAAGAGAUCCAUUUUAUUUAGUUCUGUACAUACAGGGACAUCUGUACAAAAUCCAACACUGUCAUACUAUGUAAUACUCUACUGAAAAUAAAGUACACCAUAUGUACAUAA